UCUCUGUCACCGUGACUCUCACAAAGUCUCUCAGCUGUACAAGGAGAAAACAAUGCCUUGCACGACCACCGUCGACUGCCCUGGCUGUCCUCCACGUCGAGCCUUGACUUUUGAUGCGCUUGGACUCAUCAAAGUAAUCGAAGCUCGAGAGAAAGGAGGAGUUGCCAAAGUGGUGGAGAGAUGGGGAGAUCCUGAUGCUUCCAAAUGUGUGCUUGCCGCUUCCAUGAAUGACCGCAAAAUCGACCUCAUUGAGAUAUUUAAUCCCCUUAAUGGUGAACUUUCCCGUACGGUUUCCGAUGUUAGUAAUGCUGGUGUUAGGCCAGACGAUGAUGCUGCAUUUGUUCAGAAGACAGAGAGUGGAGUUAACCCCGAGGUCAUGCACUUUGCUCACAUGUCAAACAAAAGGAAAUGCAAGCAUAAAAACUGUUGAUCUCGCUGAUACUCAAGGCUCAAGCUGAUUCUGGUGCCCCAAAAACAUGGAAUGUAUGUGGCUCUGGUAAUAUCUUGUUUUCCGAAGUGGAUGGGAGUGAAAGCUAUGCCUUAUUCGGAGGGUGAGCGUGUUUGUGUUGUAUGACUCUUUAAAUAACCUUUGUACUCAGUUUUAUCUGCAUUUGCUGAUAGGAUAUUUUCAUGCUCAACUGGAAUGUUAUUAGUUCGGUAAAUAAGAUUUGAGCCUUUUCUCAUUCAGGAAGGGUAUUGAAGUUAACAUGUGGGAUCUUGAAAACUGUACUAAGAUUUGGACUGCAAAGCCUAAGUUAAACACGUUGCAGCCUAUUUGGCAGUGCAUGAAGCACAAAGCAUAGGUGAAAUUGAAACCGAAGAUGAAACUGAAAAACGGGCUAUGAAAAGGAAGAAGUCAUCAUCUAAAGAAAAUAAAGAGGGCAAAAAGAAAAAGAAGUCAUCUAAAGAAAAGGAGGGAAUAAAGAAGUUGAAAUCCAAGAAAAGAAGCAAAAAUCAAGAACAUGAAAUUGCUGCAGCUGAUGAUGCAUAGAUAAAAUUAUUUACUUACACUGAAAUGCCGAGGUUUCAGGACUCAAAUAUAUACACCAUGAUACUGUUAUGAGCUUAAAAGUUGGCAAAAAGUUCGAUCUUAAGUGAAACGGAGAGUUUUUGAAUUAUCAAUACGCGGCGUUUUGAUUGCAACAGAAAAUUGUCCACAUCAUCAUGUUUACAGUUUCUUUAAAUUUGCAUGUAUUGCAUGGAAGCGUUAUUCAAGGAAAAUAUCAAUAAACAAAAUUUCUCUGUUCUCUCUCAUUCUCUUAUU